AUGGCUCUUAUUCAUUUCGUCUCACUAACAUAAAAUGAGAAUAAUGUGCAAGGAAUUAAACUAGAGGCAGCAGCGAUAAAGAAGAGACCUAAACAGAGAUCCCAUUCAAGAGAUAUUGUGAAUUCCUUCCCAGCAGGUUUUAUCGAAGGUUUCACUAGAUUCAGCACCUUUGGCAAACCAGACUGUACUGAACAGGGAAUGCAAUUGUUCAGAUACCUUAAGUAGUUGGAAACUGCAUUUGAAAGAACCAACAACGAGGACGACCAGAAAAAUAUGAUGCAGGUCUAUUUCGAUUUAUAGCUCAAGUGUAAUUAUAUCUCUAGCUUCGAAGGUGUAGUAGUUAACAAAUUAUUAAGAGAUCAGAUUAUGAAGCAAGAAUGGAUGAAGUAUGGACUCAGACAAUUCUUGACAGAUGCAAUGAUAGUUGUUGAGCUUUUCAUCAACUUCUUCGAUGAUUUCCUCGCUUCUCAAAUGACUAUAACUGCUGCCUAAGUGCAUGAGGAUCCUUUUAAUUUUGGAGUAAUUCUGGGUAAAAUUGCUAAGGACAUUGCAAUAUAUUUCCUACAAGGCUGGCAUGAGUAUUUCAUGGAGUGA